AUGCGAGAGGGAUGCGAAAAAUCACAAGACAAGCAAGAGAAAACAGUCACUGGAGACACGAAAGAAGUAAAAGGAAAGCUUCGUCAUGCAAGAUACUAUCAUGGAGUUCAGAAAAAAACGGAAGCAGAGAAACUAAUGAAAGAUUCGUGUCCUGGAACCUUUCUCGUAAGAUCAAGUUUGCUCAAAGAAGGUUUUAAUGUUACUCUAUUUCUCUCGGUCAAAGUUUUGAAUGGAGAAGACGGCUCCUGUUUUCAUCAUUACAUCAUUGAAUUUCGAGAAAAACAAUAUUAUUUAAUGCAACACUAUUGUGAUAAUAAAGGGAAUGGAAAAACGGAAGAAUCGAAACCGUUUCCAGAAAUAGCAGAUUUGAUUGCACACUACCAACACCAUCGACUCGCUUGCAAAAUUCGAUUGGGAAGACCAUUCAAAUAUCCGAGAUGGCAACUGAAAAAUUUUCAAGUCAAUACAACUGGAAAACUUGGGGCGGGAAACUUCUGUACUGUUUACAAAGGAUUCGUGACUCAUCGAAGAGAUUUGAAGGGUGUAGAUGUGGCAGUUAAAGUAUCAAAUGAGCAAAAACGAGAUGCAACUCUAUCGAUGGAAACAAGAAAUCUGUUGUUUGCUGAAGCGAAGAUUAUGAUUAAUUACAAACAUCCUAAUGUUAUUUCGUUCUACGGUAUCGCAGCCGACCUUCCCCCUUACAUGGUUUGCAUGGAAUUCUGUUCUGGUGGAAGUCUGGAAGAUGCUCUCAAAAAAUAUGGAAAAGAUAUGGAAGAAUUCGAGAGACAAAUUCUUCUGAUUGAUGCGGCCCGUGGUAUGAGAUAUCUCCACUUUCAAAAGUGUAUUCAUCGAGACUUGGCUUCCAGAAAUUGUUUGAUUUCAUCGGAAGGACUAGUCAAAAUUGCUGAUUUUGGAUUGAGUAAAACUCUUGAAAAGAAUCAGACAGCGUUCAAGGAGGCACUGAAAGAAGCACCGCUUGCAUGGUUGGCUCCAGAAUGCAUUCAACGUGAAUCUGAAUUCUCUAUCAAAACUGAUGUCUGGGCAUUCGGUGUUGUCAUUUUCGAAGUUUACAAUAACGGAGGAAAACUAUUUGACGGGGAAGAUGACACUGUUAUAAUCAAAAGAAUCCGAAAAGCCAACAUGCCGACAAUUGAAGAGAAAACGAAAUUGCCGAGUAUGCAACAGGUUCUCAGCUCAAUUUGGACACGAAAGCCAGACGAUCGUCCUGAUUUCCAAAAAGUACUCGAACAACUUGUGUCUGCGCUCUUGCCAAUUAAACAGGAAGAUUUGAAACGAAUGCAAAUCAAUAACUUGAAAGGAGUCUGUAGAACUCAGAUGCCGAACACGAGUUUGGAUAAGGAUAUAAUGAUCACGAAUGAAGAUCAGGAACAGGAUGUGUCAUCUGAAAAGAAUAAAAAUAAGUCGAGAACUGGAGAGACAAAAAGAAAAACUGGAAAUCGGAAAGAUCGAAACAGUGGGAAACGAACUCCACGCGAAGAGACACCAAAAAGUAAAAAGCCGGUUCCAGUUCGUAAUACAAUUCGAAAAGGUCCUGGAGUCACUACGGAAUGA